AUGCUUACUUACUACAAGGUCGCCCUAAAACGGUUCGUUAAUGAUGUUGCCAACGAAGUUGUGGAAGGUAAACUCAUGUUUUCGUUGUCCCGUAUUCUGUCACCGGUGACAGUGUUCGACAUGCCAGCAAACCUUAUCACAAGGAUUACGGGGGAGUCGAAGGAAAGUCAGACGACACGAGAGCAGCUCAAUAAGGAACUCUCGAUCUUGAGUAAAGGUUCCGAGACAUGCAAACGGUUUGUUAGGUCAAAGACCGACGAAGGUAGCUUCGAUCCUCUCUUGAUGGAUGGUUGCCCGACAAGGGAGAGGAGUUGUGGAUCUAUAUGUGAGGAGAUGACUUCCGAUACGGACGAAUCUGAGCUUUCUGACACGUCGACCGAAAGAGUGGACCUUCUGGAGGCUCUGGACAAGGCUGGUGACGAAACAGCACCCACUUAUCUAGAUGAGGAAGACAAACCAAGCGUCAAGUCUAUAAAGAAGCCAAAGAAGAGGGGACGAAAAGGCAAAGGUGCGAAAGAGUCGGCCUUGCAUCUCUGA